AACAAAAAAGGGUGAAGCACCAUCUGGAUCCGAGAGAGCGCGCCCAACAGCCCACAAACAGCGCGCCUCAGAAAAACGUGUCUGGAUAACAAAACCCACCCAUGAGGAAAACAGCUGGUAUCAGCUACAGUGAUAUGGCCAAAAGCGUGAAGGUCGGGAUAAUACCCAAAGACUUUCCCACCGUCCAACUCACUACAGCCCAGCUAGACCUUCUACAAGAAGCACUCCUGCUCAGAGUAGUUCAACAACGAAACGAGCCAAUAAAACCCAAAUUCAACAACCUCAUCUACAAGUCCGGUUACAUGGUUCUAAUCUGUAAGGAUCAAGAGACUGCUGAGUGGUUAAAGAGAAUAUCCCCAUCCAUGAAACCCUGGGAAGGUGCAGAGCUGAUGGCAAUGGACGAAGUGGCGAUUCCACGUCCAGAGAUGAUCCGAGCAUUCUUCCCACAAAGCUCCAGCUAUGACAACGACCGAAUAAAGGCUCUCAUAGAAAGCCAAAAUGACAUCACAACAACUAAUCGGCGUAUUGUGAAACGAUCCAUUCUGAAAGACAUUCAUGUCGAAUGGAUCUUCACAGUAGAGGGUGCGUCGAUGGAAAAGUUGAAGAAGUCCAAAUACACCCUCAACUACCGAUUUGGUGAAAUCCAACUAAGGAAGAUUACAGAUCAACCGACUGCCGAUACCGCCAAUCCGACUGGAAGGCCGACCCAAGAGCAAUCUGAGGAGGCCUCCUGUUCGGGCAAGGUUAGUAAAUCUCACCCCAAAAGCACCAUAAAGGCUAGUCAGUCCGCCUCUAAAGGAAAAGCUCGAAGCUUACAUGCGACUCCCUGCUCUAGUGGUACCAAACCAAAGGUAUCUAAACAGGGCAAAGGGAGUGCAAAAAGCGACAGUUUGACCACAGAGGCGAAACUGGCGGGCCAGGUCGCUACAGGGAAGAGAAACAACUCAAACUGUAACACCAAACGACACCCUGAUGAUCCGCAACAUCCAAAGCCGGAUAGUCGUCGUCCGGAAAAAAGCGGUAACCCCGGAAAUGGCGACUAAAGUUCUGCAAGUGAACCUCCACCAUGCUGAGAGCGCCACGGGUGUGCUCUGUCGGAGGUUCACCAAAGAGAAUCUAACCGUGGCCCUCAUUCAAGAGCCAUGGGUCAAUAAAUCCAGAAUACAAGGUAUUCCACAACACUCAUGUAAGUUGGUAUAUGAUGACAGCCAGCUUUCUCCUAGAGCGGCUAUUUUAUUACAUAACAACUGUAAAUACUUUCCAAUUUCAGAAUUCAUAAAAAGGGACAUCGUAGCUGUCAGGAUGGAGGUACCUUCCGCUAGAGGAAGUAGAGAGAUCUUGAUGGUCUCGGCAUACUUCCCAGGUGACGUGGACGAAAUCCCUCCUCCAGAAAUAGCUGCGCUCGUAGCCUACAGCCACCGACACAACAUCCCCUUCGUCAUAUGGUGUGACGCGAAUGCACAUCACACCGUAUGGGGAAGUACAAAUAUAAACACCAGAGGUGAGUACCUGUUACAGUUUCUCUCUUCCAAGAACAUUGACAUUUGUAAUGUUGGUGACAAGCCCACGUUUGAAAACCUCAUUCGUCAGGAAGUUUUGGACUUGACUCUAUGUAGUCGGUCUAUCUCUGAUAAAAUAAAAAAACUGGCAUGUUUCUGAAGAAAUAUCAAUGUCAGACCACAAACACAUCAUCUUCGAAUGGGAAGGGGGUCUAACGUUAUAAAAAACGUUUAAAGAUCCUAAGAAAACUGAUUGGGAAUCCUACUCAGCUAUCCUACAAUCUGAAGAGUACAUCAUAGAAAGUCACAUCAAGUCCAUUACACAAUUAGAAGAUGCGUCCAAAUCCAUUAAAAACAAAAUCCUUAAUGCCUACCAAGAGAGCUGUCCAACUAAAUCAAUUAGUUCGAGCAGAGACGUUUCAUGGUGGAAUAAAACUCUUGAGAAGCUUAGGAAAACUGCGCGUAGGGAAUUCAAUCGUGCCAAGCGAACCGGCGAUUGGAGCCUAUACAGAAAGGCCCUGACGAACUACAACAAAGAAAUAAGGUCAGCCAAACGGAAAUCGUGGAUUCUAAUGUGUGAAAGCAUAGAGAAUACACCCGUAGUGGCCAGACUCCAAAAAACUCUUUCAAAAUACCACUCCAAUGGUGUGGGUAGCCUCCGAAAGACGGAUGGUUCGCUCACUGUAGAGCCUAGCGAUACACUGAGCGAAUUGUUAAAGAUCCACUUCCCUGAUUCAAUCCCUGAGUCGAGCAUCGGCGACCAAGACACUGGAAUUGCUGUCUCAAAUCCACAAGAGAUCCAAUCAUGGGUUUCUGGAUCUAAAAAAGACGCAAUAAAGGUUGCAAAGGAAGCUUUCACUCGGGCCAGGGUUGAGAGGGCUGUG